AUGACACAAGGCAGUGCGCAUGUGGAGGAAGCCAUCGUUCCUGAUGAGCACACAAAGCUUAUCAUCUGUUUUGAUGGCACUGGCAACACCUUCAGUGGUACCAAUGCUGACACCAACGUUGUUAAGAUCCUGCGAAAGCUGAAUCGCAACCAUCCCAAACAAUUCCAUUAUUAUCAGACUGGUAUUGGUACAUAUGACAUCAACGAGACAUCAGUCAACAAGACGUAUCUCGGAGAGAUCCGCAGCAAAGUAUCCAAGGCUAUUGACUCAGGAUUUGGAACAACUUUCGAUGCCCACGUUAUAGCUGGCUACCGUUUUCUCAUGCGAUAUUACAAAACUGAUGCAAAGAUUUACAUCUUUGGUUUCAGCCGCGGUGCCUUCACGGCCAAAUACUUAGCGCGCAUGAUUAAUGUGGUAGGUCUGCUCUGCAAAGGCAACGAGGAAAUGGUUCCCUUUGCCUACCGUCUGUACCAAAAGUCCAUUGAGUGCGAGAGCGCCGACCGCGUUAGGGCCCAAAACAAGAGCAAGAUCUUUGUCAGCUCACAUGACCACGACGAGGAAUCUGAAUCAACCGAAAAUGCCACUGAGAGUGAUCCUUUGCUUACAAAUGGAAAUGGUGAACCACCGGCGGUCAAAGCAUGCCCCGACGCCCUUCUGGCUGGCGACAACAAAGUCUUGGAAAGCAAAGAGACUGCUGCAGCGAAGAAAGAGAUCCGAGCUUUCGGUGAGACAUUCUGCAGGACGUCUGGUGACUCUGGUAGCAACCACGAGAAUAUCCAAGUCUUCUUCCUUGGUCUUUGGGACUGCGUCAACUCAGUCGCUGUGGUUGAGAAGAAUGCGCCAGCUCCGAUUGCAGUAACUGGAACAGCAAAGCACAUUCGUCACGCUGUGGCUGUCGACGAGCGACGUGUAAAGUUCAAGCCCGCUUUGCUUGCCCAGGACAUUCGAAAUGACACAGCGAACAAGGAAGACAUUCGCGAGGUGUGGUUCCCUGGCAACCACGGCGAUAUCGGCGGAGGCUGGCCGGCCGUAGACCGCUCGAAAUUGACCGCCUGGCAACGCUUCAAGUACGCCCUUCUCUCAUUGAAGGCCAGUAACCUCCCGGACAACCUCGAACUCGAGGAUGACCGUCUACAGAUGAGCGACAUGGCUUUGGAGUGGAUGAUUCGAGAGGUAGAGAUUAUUGGCAAGAAAGACCCGCGUUCUGCUGUCCACUGGUGCCACAGUAAGGACGAGUUCAAGGCCAGAAUGAACGCAAGCCAGAGCGUGAUGGACAACAUCACCAAGGGAUUCAUGCACGACUGUCUAUCGGUUGGGCGUGGUACCGCCUUCUCUAAAGUCCUCAUGUGGAAGUUUAUGGAAAUAUGUUUCUUCAUUCCGCGCUGGGAGCUUAACGACGCCAUAGAGCCUGAGAAGAAGGGCUGGGUGUACUACAAAGGUCUACCUAACUUUGGUGCCGCUCGUGAUAUCCCCCGAGGCGCUGUUCUUCAUGAAUCUCUCAAGAGGAGGCUCAAGGAGGUAGGAGACUACUCCCCCACCAACAACCACGGUGAUCGGGACCCCGAGGAUGUGAAGAAGUUCAAGCUAUCCAAAGAGGAGGAAGGCGACAACCAAUGUCUGAGGCCAAAGAAGGGUGGGCUUCCUGAUCUUAAGCAAGCUAAGCAGACUCGUUUCGAAAGCACAGGGCUCAAGAUUGAUGGUGAGAAGUGGGACGAACGUCAUGACCUAUGGCAGUUUAAUUACCCAUCGACAACUUCACGGACAAAUGGCCACUAA